AUGUCCUCGGGAAAUAAAGACGAUAACUUCGACGUAAUAAUCAUCGGCGGCGGAACUGCAGGUAGCGUCCUGGCAGCGCGCCUCUCCUCCACCCCGACCCUUAACAUCCUCGUCCUCGAAGCAGGUGAAAACCGCAACUUAGAUCCCAAAGUAAGCACCCCAGGUCUUUCUGGCACGUUGCUUGGAGACCAGAAUUACGAUUGGGGUUUCCGGACUGUGUCGGAACAGGGGUUGAAUGGCAGAGUCAUUCUGCAGCCACGUGGCAAGUUGUGGGGUGGUAGUAGUGCGAUUAAUUCACAUGCCUUGGUUUAUCCAUCAAGGAGAUAUCAUGAUGCGUGGGGAAGUUUGGUGGGUGCUGGGAACAGUUGGGACUGGGAAGGCGUUGGGAAGUAUUACAGGAGGUUUCAGAAGUUACAAGCGCCCAGCGAGGAGGUAAAGCGGGAGCUAGGCAUUGGAGAUUUUGCGAUGGAAGGUGAAGGUAGUGCUUGCAAGCAUGACGAGUACGAGGAAAGAGUUCAAGCCUCCUACCCCGUUACGGUACAUCCGAUGCAGAAAGCCUGGGCAGAUGCGAUCCAAGAUCUAGGGUACAGUUCGUCAAAGAAUCCAGUCGACGGAGAUGUUCUUGGAGGGUCCACGACGACAAAUGUUAUUGACUCUUCCAAAGGAGAAAGGAGUCAUGCUGGGGUCGCAUUUCUGGAGCCAUCAACGGAACGAUACAAUCUUGUUGUCAGAAGUAAUGUGCUGGUGAAUAAGAUCAUCUUUGGAGAGGAGAAGAGGGACGGUAAUCUCGUUGCAAAGGGUGUUCUUUACAGCCAAAAAGAUGGGAGAACUAUGACUGCCUACGCGAAGCGAGAAAUCGUGCUAUGUGCUGGAACGUUUGGAUCACCAAAGGUACUAGAGCUAUCCGGUAUUGGGCAACGUGAAAAACUCGCUGCUGCAGGUAUUAAAUGUCUUCGUGAACUCGAAGGGGUGGGCGAAAACCUCCAAGACCAUCUGAACUUUGGCCCUUCUGUUGAAGUACUCGACAGUAUUGAGACAUCAGACGUCGCUGCCCGUGAUCCCACAGUAGCCGAAGCCGCCAAAAAGCUGUACGAAGCCAAGCACGAAGGCCGGCUAGCACAAGGGGCUGCAUAUAGUUUCUCCUMCCUGCCACUAAAAGCCUUCAACUCCGAAAAUGAAGAACGCGAAUUGACAGCUCUUGUUAACAAGACCCUCGAGAAGACCUCAUUCACAGUCGACAAAGGAUUAAAGGCUCAGUACGAUAUCAUCCAGCGCCUAAUCCUUGAUCCAGAACAAGCCUCCGCAACAUGGGUCAUGACACGCAAGCAACGAUACACUCCGAGCAUUACACCCGCACCAGGAAACUACAUGACUUUGUUAGCUAUGCUCUCCUACCCCUUCUCACGUGGAAGCUCCCACAUCACAUCUGUCGACCCCAGCGCGUAUCCUGAAAUCAAAUUCAACUACCUUAAACAUCCCCUAGAUGCCGAAAUCUUAUCUCGCCACAUAAUCCAAAUUGGUCAAAUGCUGGAACAGCCCAAAGUGUCUGCACUUCUCAAACCAGAUGGCAAUACCUUACCGAGUGGAUUUUCUCGCCAUACCAAAAGCGUGGAGGAAGUGACCCGCUUUAUCCGCCAAUUCGGAGCGACAAAUUACCAUCCUGUGGGAACUUGCGCUAUGCUGCGUGAGGAUCUUAAUGGGGUCGUUGGCGAGGAUCUGGUUGUGUAUGGGACGGCGAAUUUGAGGGUUUGUGAUGCGAGUGUCAUCCCAAUUGAGCCUCGUGGGAAUAUCUUGAGUACCGUCUACGCGACAGCAGAGAAGGGAGCGGAUAUUUUAAAGAGACAGCUUGGACUAAUAGGUACAGAUUUUAAAAUUAAAUAG